AUGGAAAAAUCUCAGCCCAAGAAGAAAAGUCGCACAAAUGUGGCUCAGCAUGAGGGUCAACUAAAUUUGGACCCCACCUUCAAAACACAGAAACGUACAGGUGUGGAGCUGAUGAAGCACAGACACAAGCCAGAGGGACACUUGAAGCUAGGGGCAAUUCCAAAAGUACACAUAAAACAAGAAGGCGAGACUCUGGAGCCCACAUUGUCAAGGAAAAGAAAGAAUCUGGUCCAAAAGUUAACAAACCUACUACUCUUUGAAAAAUUGUGCUCAAGAGGCUCAGAAAACUUGAUCAGGAAAAGCUGGUAUUCAUGUGAAGAAGAAGAAAGAGGACAUAUGAUUGAGAUCCAAGACUUAUUUGGCCCAAACAGAGGUACCCAUAAAAGGCCUCAAUUAGUCAUAAUAGAAGGUGCUGCUGGAAUUGGGAAGUCAACACUGGCCAGGCAGGUGAAGAGAGCCUGGAAGGAAGGCCAGCUCUACAGGGAUCACUUCCAGCAUGUCUUCUUCCUCAGUUGCAGGGAGCUGGCCCAGAAUGAGCAGCUGAGUCUGACUGAGCUCAUAGCACAAGGCCAGGAAGUGCCCACCGUUCCCAUCAGGCAGAUCCUGUCUCACCCUGAGGAGCUGCUCUUCAUCCUGGAUGGCAUAGAUGAGCCAGCAUGGGUCUUGGCAGACCAGAAUCCUGAGCUAUGUCUGCACUGGAGUCAAAGACAGCCUGUGCACACACUGUUGGGCAGUUUACUAGGGAAAUCCAUCCUUCCUGGGGCUUCCUUCUUGCUCUCAGCUCGGACCACAGCUCUACAGAAGAUCAUUCCUUAUGUAGGGCAGCCACGUCGGGUGGAAGUCCUGGGGUUCUCUGAGUUUGAACGGAAGAACUAUUUCCACAAAUAUUUUGUGAACGAGAGCAAUGCAAUUGCUGCUUUUAGAUUGGUGUUAUCUAACCCAGUGCUCCUGACCCUGUGUGAGGUUCCCUGGGUGUGCUGGUUGGUCUGCACUUGCCUGAAAAAGCAGAUGGAGCAGGGUGGAGAGCUGUCCCUGACCUCACAGACGACCACAGCCCUCUGCCUGAAAUACCUUUCCCUGACAAUCCCAGGGCAGCACAUGGGGACCCAGCUCAGAGCCCUCUGCUCACUGGCUGCUGAGGGAAUCUGCCAAAGAAGAACCCUGUUCAGUGAAAGCAACCUCUGUAAGCAAGGGUUAGCAGAGGAUGCCAUUGCCACUUUCCUGAAGAUCGGUAUCCUUCAAAAGCAGUCCAGCUCUCUGAGCUACAGCUUUGCCCACUUGUGUCUCCAGGAGUUCUUUGCAGCAAUGUCUUACAUCUUGGAGGAUAGUGAAGAAAGAUGUGGUGGUAUGGAAUUCAAAAGAACUGUGGAAACACUGAUAGAAGUAUAUGGAAGACAUACCCUGUGUGAGGAACCCACUGUGCACUUUCUAUUUGGUCUUGUGAAUGCACAGGGAAUGAGAGAAAUGAAAAAGAUCUUUGACUUCAAACUGCCUUUGGGGAUAGAGUUGAAGAUGCUAAGGAGCACCCUAGGGAACCCACCCUAUCAACAUCAUCUGGGUUUACUCCACUGUCUGUAUGAGAGUCAGGAAGAGGUGCUCCUGACAUAUGUGUUAUGUAAUCUUCACUUAACAGGGCCUGACAAAAAUUACAUGGAAGCCACAGUGUCGCAGACAAACGUGAAGCACCUGGUGAUACAGACAGACAUGGAGCUCAUGGUGGUCACUUUCUGCAUUCAGUUCUACUGUCACGUGAAGAGUCUUCGGGUGAACAUGAAAGGACAGCAGGGACAUAAGCUGACAGUUGCCAGUAUGGUUCUGUACAGAUGGACCCCAAUCACUGAUGCCAGUUGGAAGAUUCUCUUCUACAAUCUUAAAUUCGCCAGAAAUCUGGAGGAGCUGGACCUCAGUGGGAAUCCACUGAGCUACUCUGCAGUGCAAUAUCUCUGUAAGGCCCUGAGAUACCCUGGCUGGCAACUAAAGAACUUGUGGCUUGUUGACUGUCACCUCACAUCCACAUACUGCUCACUCCUGGCCUCAUUGCUGAGUGACCAUCCCAGCCUGACUGAGCUAGACCUGCAGCUGAAUGACCUGGGUGACGAUGGUGUGAGGCUGUUGUGUCUUAGGAUUCCUGCUGAUGCUCUUUCUAUCCUGUGGCUGGAUCAGGCCACUCUCAGUGCCCAGGUGAUUACAGAGCUCAGGACCGUGGAGGCAGAGAAUCCAAAGCUGCACAUCUCCAGCACAUGGAAGCCACAUGUGAUGAUCCCUACUGAGAACAAGGAUAAAGAAGAAGUGAGUGAUAGCCCAAAGUCAUUCAAGCAGCAGCGAAAACAAUCAGGAGACAAACACAUGGAAUCUCUUUGGACUGACAAUGACUUCUGGGGUCCUACAGGACCUGUGGCUACUGAGGUGGUUGAUAGAGAGAGGAACCAGUACCGAGUUCAAUUGCCCAUGGCUGGUUGCUACCACUGUCCCAGCACAGGACUCCACUUUGUGGUGACAAGGGCAGUGACAAUAGAGAUUGAAUUCUGUGCCUGGAGCCAAUACCUGGAUGAGACUUUUUUAAAGCACAGUCACAUGGUGGCUGGACCACUGUUUGACAUCAAGGCUGAGCAAGGAGCUGUGACUGCUGUGUACCUCCCUCAUUUUGUGGCUCUACAAGAGGGAAUCGUGGACAGCUCCUUGUUCCAUGUUGCCCACUUUCAAGAACAUGGGAUGGUCCUAGAAACACCAGCAAGGGUGGAACAGCAUUACGCAGUACUGGAAAACCCAAGCUUCUCCCCAAUGGGGGUUCUACUGAGAAUGAUUCCAGCUGUUGGACACUUCAUCCCCAUCACUUCCAUCACACUGAUCUACUAUCACCUCUAUCUCAGGGAUGUCACCUUUCACCUUUACUUGGUCCCCAAUGACUGCACUAUUCGGAAGGCCAUUGAUGAGGAAGAAAUGAAGUUUCAGUUUGUGAGAAUAAACAAGCCACCCCCAGUAGACACUCUUUAUAUUGGUUCCCGCUAUAUCGUGUCUGCCACCAAGAAGGUGAAAAUUAUCCCAAAGGAACUGGAGCUGUGCUACCGAAGCCCUGGGGAAUCCCAGCUCUUCUCUGAGAUCUACGUUAGAGACAUGGGUUCGGGGAUUCAGCUACAACUCAGAGACAAGGGGCACAAGAAACUCAAAUGGGAGGCCUUCCUGAAACCAGGAGACCUAAGACCUGCUCUGCCCAGGAUUUCCCAAGCCCUCAAAGAUGCUCCUUCCUCACUACACUUCAUGGACCAGCAUCGGGAGCAGCUGGUAGCCCGAGUGACAUCAGUAGACCCUCUCUUGGACAAGCUGCAUGGUCUGGUGCUGAGUGAAGAGUCCUAUGAGGCAGUGCGGGCUGAGAACACAAACCAAGAUAAGAUGAGGAAGCUCUUCAACCUCAGCCGGUCCUGGAGUCCAGCCUGCAAAGACCAAUUCUACCAAGCUCUGAAGGAGACCCAUCCUCACCUGGUCAUGGACCUCUUUGAAAAGUCAGGUGGGGUCUCUUUGGGAUCCUGA